CCACCAGAUCGAAGGGAUCGAACCGCCUCCGCGCCAUUCACGACGCCGCCGGGGGCAGAGUCCACGCACGCCCCUCCGCGCCGCGCGCAUAUAUAUGUACACCCGCGCGCGCUUGUGCACUGCACCCCGUCGAACCCCUCCGAACUCUGCUCCGGCGCGACGCGCUGCGACCGUGGCCGCCGCAGGAACCACCAUGGCAGCCGUCGUCCGCCUCCUCCUCCUCUGCGCGCUGCUCUUGGCUCCCCUCCCCGCGCUCGGCGGCGAGCCGUCGUCGUACGUCGUGUACCUCGGCGACCACGGGCACAGCGCGGCGCUGGGCACCCACGGCGCCGAGGAGCUGGCGGCGCUCGAGAGGGACGCCACCGACGCGCACUACGGCCUCCUCGCCGGCGUACUUGGAGACAAGGAAAAGGCGCGGGAGGCGAUCUUCUACUCGUACACCAAGCACAUCAACGGCUUCGCCGCCAACCUCGACGCCGCCACCGCCGCCGAGAUCGCCAAGCAACCCGGGGUGAUGUCGGUCUUCCCGAACAGGGGCCGCAAGCUGCACACGACGCGGUCGUGGCAGUUCCUCGGCCUCGCGGGCCCUGGCGGCGUCCCCCGCGGCUCGGCGUGGCGGAAGGCGAGGUUCGGCGAGGACACCAUCAUCGGCAACUUCGACACCGGUGUCUGGCCAGAAUCAGAGAGCUUUAGGGAUGAUGGCUUGGGACCAAUUCCGUCCCAGUGGAAAGGAACGUGCGAUAAAGGUCAAGAUGAUAAGUUCAAUUGCAACAGGAAGCUGAUCGGUGCGCGCUACUUCAACAAGGGCUACGCCUCGGCGGUGGGCGCGUUCAACGCGUCCAUGUACGCCGCGCCGCGCGACAUGGACGGGCACGGCACGCACACGCUGUCCACGGCCGGCGGCUCGCCGGUGCCCGGCGCGGCCGUGUUCGGAUUCGGCAACGGCACGGCCUCCGGGGGCUCCCCCCGCGCGCGCGUGGCGGCCUACCGCGUGUGCUUCCCGCCCGUGAACGGCAGCGGGUGCUUCGACGCGGACAUCCUGGCCGCGUUCGACGCCGCUAUCCACGACGGCGUGCACGUGCUGUCCCUCUCCCUCGGCGGCGACCCCUCCGACUACUUCAACGACGGCAUCGCCAUCGGGUCUUUCCACGCCGUCCGCCGCGGCAUCCCCGUCGUCUGCUCCGCCGGCAACUCGGGCCCCGGCCUGGGUACCGUCUCCAACGUCGCGCCGUGGAUCUUCACCACCGGCGCCAGCACCAUGGACCGCGAGUUCCCGUCCUACAUCGUCUUCGACCAAGCAAAGGCCAAGGCACGCUUCUCCUCAGAAUCCUCCCCUUUUGCGAGACCACCGCAGAAAAACCUUACAAAGAUUAAGGGGCAGAGCCUGUCGGUGAUGGCGCUGCCGGAGAAGACCUCUUACCCAUUGAUCGACUCAGCUCAGGCUGCGGCUGCCAACGCAACCGAAAAGGACGCGCAGCUGUGCAUGGUGGGGUCGCUGGACCCGGAGAAGGUGAAGGGGAAGAUCGUGGUGUGCCUCCGUGGUAUCAAUGCCCGGGUUGAGAAGGGCGAGGCAGUCCGGCAGGCUGGCGGCGUCGGGAUGGUGCUCGCCAACGACGCCAGCACCGGCAACGAGAUCAUCGCCGACGCGCACGUCCUCCCGGCCACGCACAUCAAGUACAGCGACGGCCUGCUCCUCUACUCCUACAUCAAGUCCACCAAGACUCCGACCGGGUUCAUCACCAAGCCGGCGACGAUCCUCGGCACGAAGCCGGCGCCGUUCAUGGCCGCCUUCUCGUCACAGGGACCCAACACCGUCACCCCCGAGAUCCUCAAGCCGGACAUCACGGCGCCGGGGGUGAGCGUGAUCGCGGCGUGGACCGGCGCCAACUCGCCCACGGACCUCGCCUUCGACCUGCGGCGCGUGGCCUUCAACUCGGAGUCCGGCACAUCCAUGUCCUGCCCGCACGUCUCCGGCAUCGUCGGCCUCCUCCGCACUCUCCACCCGGACUGGAGCCCCGCCGCCAUCAAGUCGGCCAUCAUGACCACCGCGAUGGAGACGGACAACAAGGGCGAGCUCAUCAUGAACUCGUCCUUCUUGCCGGCGAGCCCGUUCGGCUACGGCGCGGGCCACGUCUCCCCUGUCCGCGCCAUGAACCCGGGCCUCGUCUACGACCUCAGCGACGCCGACUACCUCGACUUCCUCUGCGCGCUCCGGUAUAACGCCACCAUGAUGGCCAUGUUCAACGGCGCGCCGUACACGUGCCCCGGCGAGGCUCCCCGGUCCAUCACGGACCUCAACUACCCGUCCAUCACCAUCGUCAACGUCACCGCUGCGGGCGCGACGGCGAGGCGUAGGGUCAAGAACGUCGGCCUGCCCGGCACGUACAAGGCCUUCGUCACCGAGCCGGCCGGCGUCGCCGCGACGGUGACCCCCAGCGUUCUCCAUUUCGGCGCCAAGGGGGAGGAGAAGGGGUUCGAGGUGAAGUUCCAGGUCAAGAACGCUACGCUUGCCAAGGACUACUCGUUUGGCGCGCUCGUCUGGACGAACGGGAAGCACUUCGUGAGGAGCCCUCUUGUCGUCAAGGCAUUGGCUUGAUCUCGUCCUGUAGAGUUCAAUUUUUAGAUUAGGAAGCAAUUGUAGAGAGGAUGCAUUGGUUUGAUUUGGCAGAGAGGUUGUUAACUUUGAACUCUGAUUUAAUAAGUUAAGAAUUUGAGUGGAUAGUUGUUU